AUGUCGCUGCGCUCAAACUUUCAGGAUGAAUUCUUGCGAUCAACUUUGCUGAGUCCAAACAAUACCCGGCGGAAGUCAUUCAGUGUGACGGAUGCAAUAGCUCUCGAGCCAGACUUUGAGGCAACAGAUUCCGACCUUGAAGCUUCAGACCCAGAUGUUUUGUCUGAGUCGGGCGAUGAUUUCUUUCAUGCGUCUGAUGGAGAGCAGGUGCCGCAGUCUGCAAAGCGAGAUUAUGCAACACGCCGUGCAGAAGAUCUGAUGUUUCUGGGAAGGCCUGUUUGUUUGAAGGCUGGUUGCAGGCUUAUUGGCAUUGGCCAGAAAGUUUUGCAGCGAUUGCGUUCGGGCCAAUGUGGAUACAAGGGUCAACGGGCGCCUGCGCCCAAGCACCCCACAUUUGGUUUCAGCCUUCGUGGGAGUGCUUCUGAGAAGUGGCCGUCUGUGCUCAUGUUUCUGUGGCUCAUCUACCACAGCUCAGCUGAACACAUGCCAGAUUCUAGUCACUCCCUCCGCAAACCCAGUGUGAAGAAUCUUGCAGAGUCUGAGACGCCCUUUGGAGAAGGGGUCGCUUGUGAUGAUGACGAAGUUGACCGGCGCAUCAACGGCUUCAUGACCAGUUUGCACCGACUCCACGUCUCGGCGACUUGGCUGCAUGGCAAACGGAUUCUGUUCGCAAUAGCAGAUGAAGACCAGCGAAAAGAUUCUGGAGCCCAGAUUGAGCAACUUGCAAGAGGAUUGGAGAGCGUUUCCCAAGAAUACAACAUGCUGCCCUACGGCUUGAUGGUGCAACAAGAUAACACCUAUAGGGAGGGCAAGAACCGCCACGAGGACAUUGACCAAGUGUUCAGUGUCCAAGCUCAACUGAUUUCCCGGCACGAGUUCAACAACCCAGAGGAGUUGAUGCAGAUCAUGGACACGUCUGGCAGACCUCGCAGUGAUGCUGAGGCAAUGCGGAAGGCACGAAAGUUGGAUGUAGCCAAAGUUGCAUGUGAAACCUACAAGUUGGACGAGGUAGCCUUGUGGAAAGACUGGGUGUCCAAGCUUGGAAUCCGGCUCAAAGGGCUUCGUAAAGUUGGGCAGAUCCGGAUCAGCUUACGCAAAGACAUUGAUGCAUCUUCUUAUGGCCACUGCGAGGUGAAGGAGAUUCCAGGAACUGUGAAAGACGAGGAUGAUGUGAUUGUGAUAGCGAAGCAGCACAUGGCUGAUGCUGAGCCAUACCACAUCGAGACAUUAGUAACCGCUGAGAGAGCAGCUACCCUUCGCCGAAGCUUUGUGCAGCCGCAAGGUGUUGCCCCACGGAGGGCCAUACAUGAAAAGGUGAGGAAGAAUGUGCAAAGCAAAGUUCCGCAGUUGAUGACUAGCAAAAUGUUGCCCACAGAUGCCGGGGCAUACCUGCUGAAUUGGGUGGAAGGAACGUUGCAGAAAGCACCGCGCCCUCGGCGGUACACUUUCUUAGAGUACCGCCAUGAUGGUGUUCAUCGUGAGUAUCUUGGGGUGCUUGAAGAUUGGGCCCGGCCGCGCAGGGAGAGACAGAUCGAUUUGAAACCGCCACAUGCUGCUGAUGAGCUUCCGGAGGAAGACUCUGACCAGGGUGACAAUCAGCAUAUGGCUGUUUCCUCGUGGGUGGAGUGGGCCUUUACCGAGCACGCAGAUUCCAAGCUCAUGGAGAGCUUCCAAGGCGAGAUUGUGGUGGCACGUUUUCCAUCGUGGCCGCCAGAAGAUUUGCCGGAGCGCGAUGGAACCCGCUCUUUGGAAGGGUUGCUUUUGUUUGGUGAUGGUAGCCAAAAGAUGCUGGCAGCUGCAACAGCAUGGAUUAGCUUGUUGCUCAUGUGGAGGCACCAUCCUCAGGAUAGCCUCAAAACACCUACCAUGCAAACCAUGAUCGGAUCCUUCUUGCAAAUCAGCACCAUGGUGAAGGCAGCUGAUGCUUUGUCAUCGGGAUUGGAGGCCAUGGUGAGCCGCAUUGCCAGCCAGAAUGUGGCGUCGAGGGUGCAACCCAUUACAACGUUCCAGUUUGCAGCCAUCCUCAAAGCGUUUGUGGGGCCCGGAUCGUGUACUUCGUUUGAUGACUGUCUCCAGGCGUACAACGGGCAUCCCACUGUGCUGUCACAUGAUCGGGGGGAGAGUGGCUCCGGAUCCAUAGCCCUCGACUCUCGGAAGAAGCAGGGUGUGAAGAACUGGUUGGAGCGAACUAGCGCAGAGAGUUUUGACGUGGUCCAGAAGUCAUGUCAUGACGUGCCUUUCUUGCUUGGUCCCUACGGCGAGUCAUUCUCGUUCACCGCGAUGUGCUUCCUGCAGUCGAAGGCCCAUUUGGAAUCCAACCCGGCUACAGGCGAGAUCGAUGCCCCAUUGCCUGGAGAGCCGUUUGUUGAAGUGGAUUGGGCGCUCCCCAUGACUCCUCCGGCGCAAUGCGUGUUUUUCCAGAAAGUUUGGAAAUCGUUCACCCGAGCGUCUACUGGGGUCCCUCUCCUCAACAAGAAGCGCUACAGGAUGACACCUGAGGAGCUCAUGGUGCAUCGGAAUUUGUCUGUCUUGAAGACGCGAAUGACCCCGUCCGAUGCUGUGGCCAUGGAGAAGGAUUUCUUGAAUGGCUCCCACAGUGAUUUCCUUCACUUUCUUGAGUCAAGGCCUCCGCGCAUCGCGAUGUCCAUGCUUCCAAGCAUGAAAUCCAAAGCGCAGCAGGAAGAUCAAGAAAAGCAGUGCUUGAUCCACCACGAAGUUGAGGUCCAGCGCCAAGCCGUGACGAUGGCGCAGUGGAAAUUCUUCGAGACUGCCUUGAAGAAGGACCAAUCAGCUUUAUCCAAGAUCCAGCUAGUGCCUCUUCAGCUGAAGGCGAAGUUGCACUCCAAGGCCGUGAGUCAGAGGGCUCAGCAAGCAGACGGAGGUCUCAAAGCUACGCAAGGCUAUGCAGAAGCCUACGUGAAGGUGACUUCGGUGUCCAAGAUUGAUCUUCUCAUGUCCGAGGUUGCAAAGAUGAAAACUCAGGCUGCUGAUUCGAAAUGCACAUUGGAUGAAGUGGCCAUUUUGGGGUGGUGCGACUUCAACACCCCUUGGUCCAGGACGAAGGACAAUGCUCAGGCUUUGUGCCGCGGCAUUGCGGCGUUGAACGAGGCAAGCCCCAAGAUGUCAGCCUCGGUGCUGAUCCUGCCAGACUUGGCACGUGAUAGCAAUCCUCGUGGAUUGUGGGACGAGGAGAGGCAAAUCUUCGAGGAGUUGUUCUCCUUGUCGCAGGCCUGCGAGGCCCGCUUCGUCGAAUGCUUCACAAGAGAAUCCAAGAAAGCGGAGGUCAAGUCGAACUCCAGACGGUUCGGCAUGGGGCGUUUGGUGACGAGCAGCAGCAUGAUGGACGAGAACAAGUGGUUGAACAGCGAGCUUGCUGUCUACGGCCGCGUCUGCGGGGUGAACGAGAUGGCAGAGGGAGCUGCCAGCAUGCGGAUGAAGAAGACCCUGACCGUGGACUCUUGCACCCUCAACCUUGAACGGUUGUACUACCUCUCGGUCCACACACUGGACAACAAGGAGAACGUGAAGUACGCGAAGAGCAGAGUGAUGAGAGAGCUCUUGGAUAUGUGGCUGGAUAAGCGAUUCAGCUUUGCUGGCUUGUCCUUCAACGACCAAGCUGUGGCCCUGACAGAUGAGGAGUUGUUUGCUUCUUUGAAGAAGGAGCACGAGGAGAAGUACCAGGGAAUCUUGAAGGACAUCGUGGCGUCAACCGCCGUGGUCGAUGCAGAUUCUGCCACUCCCAACGCUGAGACUGCGGCUGAGCCUUCAGGCCCGGAAGAGCUCAAGCGUUUUGAGAGUUUGGAAGCGCUUGAGGCGCAUGAUGGGCCCUUUGCUUUGAAGUGCUCCUCAGAGACUCCCGGCAUUGACAUCAUCAAGGGCAAAAGUGGCGCGAUCUACUUGAUGGCCACGGACAAGCGGAAGAUCUUGCCCAAGUUCACGUUGAUUGGUGGGUUUGGCACCGGCAAGUAUCAGCCAGUGGUAGCAGAAGAAUCCUGCGAUGCGAAGCAGAACGUGAUGUUUGACUGGAGUCAGGGGGACCGAACAGCGAUUCAGGUGGAUAUGUCCAGCUUGAACCCAGAGUCCUCUGCCUUUGAAGUAAUGUCCCUGUACAAGUACUUGAUCACUCUUGAAAAAAGCAAGAAGGUGACUCAAUAUGAGCUGUCGUAUUGUGAGAUCCAGCGCCAAGUGGAUGCAUCUGGAGACACUUUCAAAGUGCAGCCCAAAAACAUGCAUUCGUACCGCACCAUGCCGGAAACUCGCGAAUGCUUCAACAGGUUUUCAGACACAUUGUGA